AUUUCCCAUUCUCAAGAAUUAGAGUUCAAGUAAUGGUCUGAAUUUUCUUCAUCUGAAGUCAUUGCGAAAACAUAAGUUAGAGAAGUCUUGAUUUCAGCUAUAUAACUUUACGCGUUGACCCGGCUUCGCAUCGCGCGUUUGUUACUCCACAUAUACGCAAUUCUCAACACCCCACCAGCCUUUGACGCGAUAGAAAUGCACGAAUAUCUGUUCCAAUCUGGACUACGAGGAGGGGGGCCUUUGAAACGACUGAUGGCGCUCUCUCGGCGAGAAGUUCUGUUUGAGGCCCCGCAAAAAAAAAAGAAGAAGAAAAGGAAUAAAGUCCAGGAUCCCCAAGCGUCAUCCUCGCAACUGAGCCUGGUACUGAUCUUGACAUCGUCACGUCCUUCCUCCAGCAAAGACACAAAAGCUUCGCAAUCCACAAAUAAGAAAACCUCUCAACCAAUCGCUCAAAUCUCUACAUCUAGAUUCUAUGAGAAGCCAAAGUCUUACUUGGAAACGCAAUAUGAAAAAAGCCUACAGAAGUUCGUACCUGUCGAUACCAGCGAAGAUUUUCUGCCGUUGGAGCUGGAUUCCAUUAGUCUGGAACUUAUAUUUCCCAACGAUAAAACCUCUCCAAAAGAUUCCAACUCUAACGAUGAAGAUAUUGCAAGCCAACUGAUUAAAAUAGCAGAUGACCCCAAAGUAGAUAUGCUGGAUAUUCUUCUUCAUUCCGAAAAGGAGAAUGAAUUUCACGUCAUGUAUUUCAUACGUGCAUCUGAUAGCUUCUUGAAGAAGGCUCAUUCGCUUGUGCUUGAGUCAAACGACACAAGAGGUACAAAAAUUUACUAUAGUCUCAUCAAAUUGGCUCUCAAGGCAUUGCAUAUUCUCAUCGAAAAAUACAGCUCUUACUUGAACCCGAUCAUUGAGCUGGUAAUAUAUCACAAGCUUGGAAUAAUAUACGCAAAAGAAACUCAAUCCUUGGACAAGGCGGAGCAUUUCGUUAAUUUGGCAAUAUCUUUGGCAAACACACAUAAUUUGACCAAACUAAAGGUAAUCAAUGAGUUCUUGUAUUGCGAGAUUCUCGAAAACAUUAACCCACAAGGUUUACCUUCGUUUUUCAGCGAGAAACAAAAGGCAUACGAGGCGGGGGGACUCGAUAAUAUAGCAGAUUUAUUCUCAUUAUUGCGGACGAAUCACAUUUUUCUCGGGGAUGGCUCAUUGGCUAUUGCUUCAAUUAAUACAUUGAGCAUGAAGACGAAAACAAAUCCUGUUGUGAAAUUCUUGAGUCUCCUUUGUGAAGCCAGUACAAAUAUAUAUCGUGGUGCAAUUGCUUCAGCGAAUUACUCGAUUGAAAAGGCUGAAAAUUUAAAUUUCAUGCCAGAUUCUUCCCCACAAACUAUGGCAUUACUAUAUUUAACAAAAUUAGCAUGUUGUGUGCAAGAAAAUGAUCUGGUAGCUGGCGAAGAGGCUGCGGCAAAAAUAAAUGAGUUUCUUUCUCUUCAACGCAAAUCGAGUUGGGCUGGUUGGAGGGACGAUGGCAUAUUCUGUAUUUAUGUUCCUUUACUUGAUGAUGAACUGGACGUUUCCAUCUUCGAGGUGCAAUGGCUCAACUCUGAUGAGUUUGUGAUAUUAUUUUACUUUCUACGUGGUUUGCUCGACAUUCUCGAUCAUUCUAAACAUGAGCAAACGAAAAAAGUAUUUUCAACAUGUCUCGACAUCAUCAACAUCCAGCUCAGUCAACUUACUACGGCCAAGACCGAAACAAAAAAAUUCGGCAUCUCCUUUCUCACUGAUAAAAUUGUCAGACUCAAUUUUCUCCGCUAUACGGUGAUAUAUUACAAGCUCUGGGUGGAAUUUAUGCAUGAGAGCAACUUUGGUGGUAUUUCCUCUGUUCAGUUCUUUAUCGACUGUUUCGAUGGCGAUCAAUUCACAAAAGAAGAGAUGUGUUAUUAUAAGUUGCUUGUUUCGAAAUUUCUUUACUUGGCAGCAACUUAUUUUCAGUCACACGGAGAUCUCAAUUCAGCAAGAUUCUAUUUUCUGCGCAUCAGAAGUCGAUCCAAGAAGACGAUUAAUGUGGAAGAUGCGUCCAUUUCAAGUAUUCAGAAGACUCUUGGCAUUGGAUGUGACGCAUUGCUUCCAAAAUUGGAUGCGGAUGAGCUUUAUCUUUUUCUGACUCUUCAUCUUGUCCUCAUCGCUGAACAUGAUCUUCAGGUAAUGGCGAAAACAAAUGUGAUUACGCCCGAGCUCAAAUCGCAAAUUGUUUCAUGUCAUAGCUUGUUGGGUGAUCUUCUUUCCGAAUUGUCUCAAGCUUUUGAUAAAAACGGUUGUGAUGAUACAUACAAAAAUCUUGGUAAAUCGACCCUUUUGCACUCGACAUACAAGAUUGUGCUUAUGGCCCAGCGUGGUCAAGAGUUUGCAAAUGGAAAGAGUCCAGAAUUGAAGGAAGACUUAACUUUCAUCCGCGGUAAGAAACUAGAUGUUGAAGAUAAAGGUUUUUUCAAGACUUUGUUGUCUUACUUACUCUAUAAAUACUCGACUAGUCUCGAGGAGAGUUCUGAUAUGCUUCAGGAAGUCGUUCACAGAAUAGUCAAUGGGGACGAUAAUUCUUGUCUUGUUGGCAUGUUGAUUUUGGCCGAUGAUCAAGCAAAAUCUUCACUAAAAAACACCCAAAUGCUUGGCGAUGUGGAAAAGAUAUUCCUGAUGAAGAAGCGUGAUUGUAUUAAAAGGCUUGAGCAUGCUUGCAUGAGUGUGGGGAGAUAGCUCCAUGGACACUUUAUAUCUUACAUUUGUGGGCAGAAUAUACUGAAAAUAUGUUUUAUUUCGAAGAUUUAUGACGAAAGGCAAUGUACAAAAGG